AUGGCAGGCAAAGACCACGAAUUCCAGCGUCGCGAAUCCGCAACGCUCCAGCGCCGACUAUCACCGCAGUUCAGAAGGAAAGAAUGGCUUGCACCACCGUCAAAUAACGUCUACGCCGGAAUCUCCGCCUACUUCUCCAACCAUCACAUAUCCCUCAUUUCCAUCUCCAUUCGAGACAGCACAUACCUCCUCGAUUUCAUCGAGCGAUCAUUCGACCAGGAAGAAAGACUAUCCGUCGAAGCAGCCACCGAAUUCGUCAUCUCCCAACUGGACAGAUACGGCGAAAAACAUCUGGAGAAGAUCAUCGGGGCAGCAAUGCCCAAUCACGUUGCGGACUUUUGCCCCAGACUCUGUUCCCGCUUGUGGGGCGAGCUCGACAUCAUCCCGCUAGUACUCCCCGAUUCCACUCUGGUGGAUAGGUAUACGACGCGUGCAUCGAUUGAAUCGCCAGCAUGGGAUGCCAAAACAAUAGAUGAGCAGGCUGAGGCUAUGUCCAGGAAAUGUGUGAGGUUGUUUGGUCCUGAAAACGUUCCUUUGCUACAAGUUGGUUAUAUGGGUCUUGUGGAGGUGGAUACGGACUUUCAUGUGCGGGUUGCGAGUUUGGAGGAUUUCCAGAAGACUGUGUCUGAGGAAACUUGGGCAGCGGUUCAGUGUUAUGUUUCGGAUAUGAGGAGGCGGAAAGUUAGGGUUGGGUUUUUCAGCGCUACGCCUCAAGGUGGUGGUGUGGCUUUGAUGAGGCAUGCUCUGAUGCGACUGUCGCAUGCUUUGGAUGUUGAUGUCAAUUGGUACGUGCCGAAACCUAGACCGGGGGUCUUCCAAGUUACGAAAAAGAAUCAUAAUAUCCUGCAAGGUGUUGCGGGCCCGGAUGAAAGAUUCAGCUCGGAGGAUCAAGCAUUCUUGACGGAAUGGAUUGCAGAGAAUGCACGACGCUACUGGUCUUGUCCUGGUGGUCCAUUGUGUCCACCGUCGAACGGAGGAGCAGACGUGAUCAUCGUGGAUGACCCGCAAAUGCCAGGGCUAAUACCUAUCGCCAAGAGAGAAGCUCCUGACCGACCUGUUAUUUUCCGAUCUCAUAUCCAAAUACGAAGUGAUCUAGUCAAUACGCCGGGCACUCCACAGGCAGAGGUGUGGAAGUUCCUGUGGAAUCAAAUCAAACUUGUUGACUGCUUCAUCAGCCACCCGGUUAAGAAAUUCGUUCCAAAAGAUGUGCCAACAGACAUUCUGGGCUACAUGCCAGCCUCGACGGAUUGGCUAGAUGGAUUGAACAAAAACAUGCGAGACUGGGAUGUCGCACACUACGGUCGACUUUUCAAUGCUGCAUGUAGGAAUGCAGAUAUGCCAAUUAUACAAUACCCAGAUGGUGAGUGGAAAGUGCACAACCCAGAUUCCCAAAUAUCAACAAACCAAACAGAUCGAUACAUUGUCCAAAUUGCCCGAUUCGACCCUGCAAAAGGAAUCUUCGACGUCUUAUCCUCCUACAACAAAUUCCAUACCCAACUUACCCAAUCCCGGCCAGACCUCAAACCACCCAAACUCCUCAUCUGCGGCCACGGCUCAGUCGACGACCCAGACGGCUCUAUAAUCCACGACCAAGCAAUAGACCACAUCGAACACACCCUCCCCCACCUCCGCCCCUACAUCUGCAUAAUGCGCCUCCGGCCCCCAGACCAAAUCCUCAACGCCAUACUCUCAAAAGCAAGCAUCGCCCUCCAACUCUCAUCCCGCGAGGGCUUCGAAAUCAAAGUCUCAGAGGCAAUACACAAAGGCAAACCGGUUAUCGCUACGCGGGCAGGUGGAAUCCCGCUUCAGAUUGAGGAUGGGAAGAAUGGGUUCUUGGUUGAUGUUGGUGAUACGGAUGCUGUGGCGGGGCAUUUGUUUGAUUUGUGGGUUGAUGAUGGGCUUUAUGAGAGGAUGGCUUCUUAUGCUGUUAGUCAUGUGCGGGAUGAGGUGAGUACGGUAGGGAAUGCUCUUUCUUGGUUUUACUUGUGCUCGAUGCUUUCGGGUGGGAGGUCUGUUAGGCCUGGUGGACGGUGGAUUAAUGAUCUGGCUUUUGAGGGGUGUGGGAUUAGUCCGGGGCAUUUGCCCAGACUGAAGCGGGCUGUGGAGGUGGCUAAUAUGGGAUGA